AUGGAUACCGCCAUUGAUCUCUCCGAUGCCUCCAAGGCAUUGGACCUUGCCAACAUUCGUUUCCAGCUGAUUCGACUGGAAGACACAAUCACCUUCCACCUGAUCGAGCGGGUACAAUUCCCAGUCAACAAGACGGUCUACGUCCCUGGCGGCGUGAAGAUCCCCAACAGCGAGUUCAGUCUGCUGGACUACCUGCUCCGCGAACAAGAACGGCUACAGUCGCGCGUGCGCCGCUACCAAUCCCCGGACGAAUACGCCUUCUUCCCAGACGUGCUGGAAGAACCCAUCCUGCAGCCCCUGGAGUACCCGCACAUCCUGCACGACAACGAUGUGUGCGUCAACGACGUCAUCAAGAAGCGCUACAUCGACGAGAUCCUGCCCGCAGUCUGCCCAAAGUACGGACGUGAGGACCGUGGUGAGACGCAGGAGAACUACGGCUCGGCUGCAACCUGCGACGUUUCCUGUUUGCAGGCGCUGUCGCGUCGGAUUCAUUUUGGAAAGUUCGUUGCCGAGUCGAAGUUCCAGAAGGAUCCGGAGACUUUUGUGCGCCUGAUUAAGGCUGGGGACCGAGCUGGUAUUGAUGCUGCUAUUACCAAUUCGGCUGUUGAGUUGAAGGUCCUUGAGCGUCUUGGGCUGAAGGCUAAGACUUAUGGCACUGAUCCUGCUUUCCCUGAUGAGAAGGAUCAGAAGAUUAACAGUGAUGCUGUUGUUGCUAUGUACAAGGAAUGUGUUAUCCCAUUGACCAAGGUUGUUGAAGUCGAGUACCUCAUGCAGCGUCUCAAGGGAACACAGUGGGAGUAA